AUUUUCAUAUAUCUACCUUUUUCACUCAUUUUCCUCUCUUAUUAUUACAACUCAUUUUCCAUAUAUAAAAACCCUACUUUCUCUCUCUACACACACUCACACACAGAGCACUGAGAAAGCAAAAAAAUAAUGAAAUAAAUAAAUAAAAUAAUAAAAACUCAGUCCUGCACACAACCUAUAGAUACACAUAUACAUACACACAGAGAGAACAGCUCAUCUUCCCCAUUUCCCCCAAAUAUAAAAACCCUAAUUUCCCCAUCUCCUUCCCCCUUUGCUCCCCCACCAAAUGCCUAACCCCUAGGCAACCGCCAUUGCUGCAGCUUCACAAAUGUCUCUCUCUCUCUUCCCCACUUUCUCUCUCCUCCUCCUCCUUCACCUCCUCCUCCUCCACCGCCAUGUCUCCGCCGCCGAGGAAGAAGUCCGAUCACUGCUGGAGUUCAAAAAGGGCAUCAAAUCUGACCCGUCGAACCGAAUCUUCUCCACCUGGGUCUCCCCAUCGAACUUCUCGCCUUGCCCCGCUGACUUCCACGGCGUCGUCUGCGACGCCGCCACCUCGUCCGUGGUGGCAAUUGCCCUUGACCGCCUUGGACUCGUCGGAGACCUCAAAUUCAGCACUCUCAUUCCCCUCAAGUUCCUCCAGAACCUAACCCUCGCCGGAAACUCGCUCACCGGCCGCCUCGUGCCGACCCUCGGCGUAAUGUCGUCUCUCCAAGUAAUUGAUCUCUCCGGCAAUCAAUUCUACGGCCCCAUUCCGGCUCGGCUGACUGAUCUAUGGGCGCUGCAUUCCCUCAAUUUGUCGACCAAUAACUUCUCCGGAGGAUUUCCUACCGGAAUUCGCAAUUUGCAGCAGCUGAAAGUGUUGGAUUUGCAUUCAAAUCAGCUGCAGGGGGAUGCGAAGGAACUGAUUCCUGAGCUGAGGAAUGUGGAAUACUUGGAUUUGAGCAGAAAUAACUUUUUCGGGUCCCUGGAUUUGAGUGUGGAGAAUGUGUCUAGUUUGGCUAAUACAGUGCAGUACAUAAACUUGAGUGAGAAUAAUUUAGGGGGCGGGUUUUGGGGGAGUGAUGCAAUGAGGUUGUUUCGAAACUUGAGGGUUUUGGAUUUGGGCGAUAAUGGAAUCACCGGGGAACUGCCGGAGUUUGAGCAGUUGCCGAAUCUUAAUGUGCUAAGGCUCGGAAGUAAUCAGCUUUUCGGGUCUUUACCUGCGGGAAUCUUGCAGGGGGCUGUUCCAUUGGUAGAGUUGGAUCUCAGUGUCAAUGGAUUUUCAGGUUCCAUCCCGAAAAUCAACUCAACAACUUUGGUGACUCUCAACCUUUCAUCAAACUCAAUCUCGGGCUCACUGCCUCCAUCAUUGGAAAAUUGUCAGACUGUUGACCUGAGUAGAAACCACAUAUCCGAUGACAUAUCUGUUCUGCAAAAUUGGAAUGGCAAUCUGGUAAUUUUGGAUUUGAGCUCCAACGGUUUGACCGGAAGCAUUCCCAAUUUAACUCAGUUCCAAAGGUUGACUUUCCUCAGCAUUAGAAACAAUUCCUUAGAGGGGCAACUGCCUUCGGCAUUUGGCUCCUACCCAAAGCUCAACAUGGUUGAUUUCAGCUCCAACAAAUUCGAUGGUCCAAUCCCAUACAGCUUCUUUUCUUCAAUGACCAUAACAAAUUUGAACUUGUCGGGCAAUCAUUUAUCCGGACCGAUUCCUCUCGACGGAUCUCAUUCUAGCGAGCUAUUGGUUCUCCCUUCUAUUCCACCUAUGGAGUCUUUAGAUCUGUCCAAUAAUAUCUUGACAGGUGGAUUACCUUCCGAUAUAGGUAACUGGGGUAGGCUUAAGCUGCUAAAUCUUGCAAGAAAUAAUCUUUCCGGAAUUCUGCCUAGUGAAUUAAGUAAACUCACCGUCCUAGAGUUUCUUGAUUUAUCCCACAACAAUUUCAACGGUCCAAUUCCUGAUAAACUACCAUCCAGUUUGAAGUUCUUGGCUUUGGCUUACAAUAAUUUAUCAGGAAAAAUUCCGGAAAAUUUGAAAAGUUUCCCUGAUUCUUCGUUCACACCUGGAAACAACGAACUCGAACACCGUCAUUCUUCCUCUUCAAAUGUUCCGAAACAAAUUGAAGAUCAAGCACGUCAUAAAGGCUCUAAAUCCAACAUCAGAAUAGCCAUUAUUGUUGCAUCUGUCGGAGCUGCUUUGAUGAUCGCCUUUGUUCUCAUAGCAUAUCGUAGGGCCCGUUUUCAAGAUUUUCGCGGCUCAACAGCUGGCGGGGGGGACCACGCCAAAGUAGGAAGAUUCAGCCGCCCUUCGCUUUUCAACUUCCACAGCACCACCGAGCCGCCACCAACUUCGUUGAGCUUUUCCAACGACCAUUUACUGACUUCAAAUUCAAGAUCUUUGUCCGGGCAAAUGGAGUCCAAUACCGAAAUUAUCGAGCACAUUGCAGCCCCUGUGAGUCACGGUCAACAAGAUCCGACAACUUCCGGAAGAAAAUCCUCUCCGGGCUCUCCAAUAGGUUCUUCGCCCCGUUUCAUCGACACUGUAGAACAGGCCGUCGCUUUAGACGUGUACUCACCGGAUCGAUUGGCUGGAGAACUUUUCUUCUUGGAUGCUUCAAUCACAUUCACAGCUGAGGAGUUGUCUCGAGCUCCUGCAGAGGUGCUGGGCAGAAGUAGCCAUGGGACUUUGUAUAAAGCUACUCUAGAUAACGGGCAUAUGCUGACUGUGAAGUGGUUGAGGGUUGGAUUGGUCAAAAACAAGAAAGAUUUUGCAAAAGAAGUUAAAAAGAUAGGAUCUUUUAGGCAUCAGAAUAUUGUAUCCUUGCGCGCUUAUUAUUGGGGACCGAGAGAGCAAGAACGGCUUGUUUUAGCGGACUACGUUUUGGGAGAUAGCUUGGCGUUACAUCUUUAUGAGACAACGCCUCGAAGAUACUCACCAUUAUCGUUCACUCAAAGGUUGAAAGUGGCAGUCGAAGUCGCCAGGUGUCUAAUGUACCUCCACGACCGAGGCCUCCCUCACGGAAAUCUAAAGCCCACGAACAUAUUCCUUGCAGGGCCACCCGCCGACUACACCGUCCACGUCAGCGAUUACGGGCUCCACCGCCUAAUGACAACUGCAGGUAUCGCAGAGCAACUACUCAACCUUGGCGCCUUCGGCUACCGGGCCCCGGAGCUAGCCACGUCAGCAAAACCGGGACCCACUUUCAAAGCUGACGUGUACGCGUUCGGUGUGAUCUUGAUGGAGCUUCUGACGAGGCGAAGCGCGGGGGAUAUUAUCUCCGGCCAAUCGGGAGCCGUUGAUUUAACGGAUUGGGUUAGGCUUUGUGAUCAAGAGGGGAGGGGAAUGGAUUGCAUCGAUAGAGAUAUGGCUGGCGGCGAAGAGCAGCACUCGAGAGCUAUGGAUGAAACGCUGGCGGUUUCGUUGCGGUGCAUUCUUCCUGUAAAUGAGAGGCCUAAUAUUCGACAAGUGCUUGAUGAUCUGUGUUUGAUAUCGGUGUGAAGAAGGAAGAGGAAAAGGGGAAUUUGUAUAUGUGCCUUUUGGAAUUAUUAUUAAUUCUUUUUUCUUUCUGUGACUUGUUGUUCAUUGUUUCUUUUUUUUUUCUUUUUUUUUUUUUUUUAAUUUUUUAAAUUGUUUCGUGUUUUGCCUGCUAAUUUGGGCUGAUCUUUAAUUAUAUUUUUUAGCUCUUUCUUCUUCCCUUCGAUUUUUGUGUAAAGGGAUGCUUAAUCCAUUGAUUAAUUGACAUGAGUCCCAAAUCUGAUUUUUAUUUGUUGUGAAGAGUUGCAAAUUCUUGUU